CACAUAAAGUUAUUUGAACGUUUCUGCCGGUUACAGCGUUUCAUAAACGGUUUCUAUAAUCAUCAAGAAAAAUGUUUUACAUUAAGUUGUUACUUCUGUUAAGUAUUGGAACAGGUUUUGAUUCUUUAAAUAAUAAACAGAGACUGGAUAUUCUCGAAACAAAACUGGAGAAUGUCUUGAAUAAAAGUGAAAUUGGUAUUCUGGAAUUGGAAGAAAAAAUUCAAAAGGUUGGUACUUGUAAUUUGCACCUCUGUAACGAAGCAAAUGUUAAUGUAUCUAAUGAGACGGCAAUAUCAACAUAUGAGCUAAAGGUACAAAUGGAUAAUAUCAACAAAACGAUAAAAGAUGAAAUAGAUAAAGUGUUUGCUUAUAUUGAGAAAAAUUCUCAUGCACUGAUGGAUGAAUUUCAAAACACACUCACAGUUCUUAUGAAUCAACACAGAAAUAUGAAUCAAAAGAUCAGAUUUAACUCAAACAGCGUAAGGAAACUAGAAGGAAAACAUCGGAAAUCACCAUCUAUCAAAAAUGACCAAAUGAAGAUGUUUGAACAUAAGAUAUCUGUUCUUGACAAUGACCUGGAGAAAAUGAUUAAGUCAAUCACAAGACAAAGCGAAAGCAUAGAUAAUAUUGGGCAACAUUUGUUAAAACUGGACAGAAAAGAUGAUGAUUUCCUUGAAAAGAUUGAUCGUAACUACCGUGUUGUUUCGGGUCUAGAUCACAACCUUGUUGAAAUAGAAAGACGUUUUCGUGAAUUGGCACUCGAUUUGGGUACAUUUAAAGACGACACAAAAAAGGAAAUCAAAGAAAUAAAAACGGAGCUUCAUCUUGAUCAAAUGAGUACAGAAGCAAUCACAAUCCAAAAAUCUUGCCCACAACAUUGGGUUCAACAUCAAACUAAAUGCUAUAAGUAUAUCGACGUUGCUGUAGAUUGGAAAACUGCUUUAAUGAUGUGUCAGGAUUUAAAUGCUAAACUCGCUGAACCAGUUACAAAGGAAGAAAUGGAUUACAUACAAAGAUCAUUUCAAGGUUGGAUCGGUGCUAUAGAUAAAGCCGUUAACGGGACAUUCCUUUGGGAAAGCUCUGAACAAAUUGUUGAACAGUUAAGUUCAGAAAUACCCGACAACCUUCCCAGUUCUCAAAAGUGUGCAUAUAUCUUAAAAACAAUGAUUCGAGUUGAGCGUUGCGCUAUAAGACUUCAUUACAUAUGUGAAAAAGAAACUAUUUGAUCCACAUCUUAACCUUUUUUGGCAAGUUGUAUAAUAACUGUAAUAAUGAAAUAUUAGUAUAAAUUACAAUCAUACCUCAGUAUAGUGUGAUAAGAAGUUUUAGCUAGGAUGUCAUCAGUAAUGAAUUUGAUUUGUCUCUUAUUUAAUCAUAGGUUAAAUUACAAAAUCACUUGCAUGAUAUAAAACAAUUUUCUAUAUCGAUAAGUAAACAAUUAAAAAUCUAAAAUUCGUUCAACCUGGUCUGACUGUACAGCUGUGCAUGCUGUCCUGGCUCUACAAUGAUUGCAAAUGUGUGAUGAAUAAAACUAUUUUGUGCUAGAUAUAAAUAUGUUUAUAUCCGAUAAUAUAUCAUCAUAUUUUUAUAGUAUAUUGCAAACAUUUCAAUACGGACCGAUUUUCUUUAGCGAUGUCAAAAAAAAACAACAUGUAAAUGAAAUCAUUUGGAACAGUAUCAUGAAUGUUCUUUCUCAUGUUUGCCUCUAUAAUUCCAGUCUUUAAUAUACUCCAAGGAAUUAUUAAUAGAGACAAUAUGUAUACUUAUACUUGCCUCGUUCUAAGUUGCAGUUAAGUAUUCUGAUAAUACUUUUGUGUUUUAUCUCGAAUAAAAUUAUUUCCCUUAA